AUGUCCACCCAGACGUCGCAAGAGCUCUCGCGGACGCACACGAUAGCGGCCGAGAAGCAGGACGAAAAGGUCGACCCGCCGACGGACGUCGUAUUAUCGACCGAGUACGAGGUGACCCUGGGCCCCGAGGACGAUCCUCAGCAGCUGCCUCUGCUCAGGCGGUGGCUCGCUGUGGUGACCAUCAGUUGCGCGUCUGUGUGCGUCACAUGCACCUCAUCAGCGGCUGCAUUUACGGAAGCUGGCGUAGCGCGCGAGUUCCAUGUUAGCAGGGAAGUUACCGUACUGGCCAUCAGCCUGUUUGUCAUGGGUCUUGGCGUAGGGCCUUUGCUUGUUGGGCCUUUGUCUGAGGUAUAUGGAAGGAAUAUCAUAUAUCGGAUAUCUUUCAUCAUGUUCUUUAUAUUCUCGUGGCCGGUAGCCUUUGCUCCCAAUAUCGCCGUAUACCUGAUCUUUCGAUUUGUCACUGGCUACUGCGGCGCGGCGUUCCUCAGUGUCGCCGGUGGAAGUGUCAGCGACAUGUUUCCAAACUCGAGAGUUGCGACACCGAUGGCCAUCUACACCAUCUCGCCGUUUCUUGGCCCGGAGCUCGGGCCACUAUUUAGUGGAUUUGUCAAUCAACACCUGGAUUGGAGAUGGACCUACUACAUCAUCAUCAUCUGGAUAUUCAUUCAGACAAUAGGGCUCAUUCUGUUGGUUCCGGAGACGUAUAUACCCGUGAUCUUGAAGCAGAAAGCACAGAGAGUGCGGAAGGAAACUGGAGAACUUAAAUAUUAUGCGCCUAUAGAAAGGACGAAUAAAAGCCUAAUACAGGCUCUGGCGAUCAGUUGUUACAAGCCGUUUGAGCUGGUUCUGCUCGAUCGGAUGGCACUCCUGCUCAAUCUGUGGACAGCACUCAUCCUGGGAAUUCUGUAUCUCGCCUUCCAAGCCUUCCCAAUCAUAUUUGAACGAGGCCAUGGCUUCAAUGCUCAGAUGACCGGGCUGACAUUCCUCGGUAUCGGCCUGGGCAUGGUCAUAGGGUUGUCUACACAGCCGUACUGGAACAGGAAAUUCCGCGAGUACAAGUCCGCGCACGGUGACCCUCCCCCUGAAUUCCGUCUGUGCAUGGGACAAGUCGGGGGCAUCCUCGUUCCCAUCGGGCUCUUCUGGCUCGCCUUCACGACCUACCGGAGCGUGCACUGGAUGGUGCCCCUCGUCGCCUCGAUCCCAUUCGGCACCGGCACGUACUUUGUCUUCACGUCCACUUUCACGUACCUGGUGGUCGCCUACCGUCCGAUUGCCGCGUCCGCGAUGGCGAGCAAUAGCGCGAUGCGCAGCUCGUUUGCCGCGGGCUUCCCGCUAUUUGCGAACGCGAUGUACGCCCGUCUCGGGACGGUGGGUGCGACAGCGCUCUUGGCCGGCCUGACGACCCUCAUGGCACCGCUCCCGUUCAUAUUCCACAGGAUAGGUGGGCGACUGAGGCAAAAAUCGAAGUUUGCCGUCAAGUAG